CUUCAAGCCCUAGAGGUCAUAACUUCACAUUUUUAACACAAAUAUGCAACCGCCUGCUUCUGCAGCUGAUAUACAACCAGCAGGAUGCUUCCCUGUUCCCAAUCCCGGGGAAUGCUUCUGGCAAACCCAGCCUCAUCCGAAGAGUGACCAUCGCUCGACGGAACAGUUGCCCGAGCACAGUGACAUUGUCAUAAUUGGCGCGGGCUACGCUGGUAUCAGUACGGCCUACCAUAUUGUGAAGGACCAUAAGGAUUUCAACAAGUCAAUCACAAUCCUGGAAGCCAGGGGAGUUUGCUCGGGCGCGACGGGUCGCAACGGAGGUCAUCUCCGGCCUGAUUUCUACGGUCAUAUUCCUACAUACAUCGAUCGCGCUGGGGCACGAGCAGGGGCUGAGAUAGCGGAGUUCGAGAUUGCUCAUCUGCCCGCGCUCAAAAAAGUCAUUGAAGAGGAGAAGAUCGAUUGUGAUUUUACCUUAACAAGGACGAUCGACGUCUGGUGCAAUGAGGAAGCCGCGGCAAAGGCUAAGGCAACUUUCGAAAACGUAGUUGCGCAAAACUUUGAAUAUAUGAAUGAUGCUAUCUUCUAUACUGGCAAGGAAGUGGAAGGUAUCUGCGGCGUCAAAGGUGCUGUGGCGUGCGCCUCGUACACGGCUGGAACUGUGUGGCCGUACAAACUUAUCAUGCAUCUUACUGAGUCCCUGCUUGCAGCCGGCAAGAUCAAUCUCCAAACAUAUACCCCCGCGACCUCAAUCACACCGGAUCCAAAUGGCGGGUAUGUGGUUGAGACUCCACGGGGAAGAAUGCACGCAGGCAACGUCAUCCAUGCGAACAAUGCUUACGUCGCGGGCCUUCUCCCCGAGUACCAGAACAACAUUAUUCCAUGCAAAGGUAUCUGUUGUCGAAUUACGGUACCAGAGGGAACCACGGCACCCCUUCUUAACAACUCCUACAUCAACCGAACAGAAGACAACACUCUUUCAUACCUAAUUCCACGAGCCGACGGCAGUAUCAUUGUUGGUGGUGCCGCCGCGAAGUUCCGGCCGUUCCGGGAGCAAUGGUACAACAACGUGGACGACAGUGUUCUUAUCGAUUCGGCAAAGGACUACUAUACAGAUUAUAUGCAACGGACCUAUCGCGGGUGGGAGAAUUCAGGGGCUCAAGUGGAUAAGAUUUGGACUGGAGUCAUGGGCUACUCCUAUGACUCAAAUCCCCACGUCGGUGAAGUGCCUACCAAGGAUGGCCAGUUUAUCAUUGCUGGUUUUAAUGGCCAUGGCAUGCCGGUCAUCUGGUUGGCGGCCAAGGAGCUGGCAAAGAUGGUUGCGCAGGGAACAUCGUUCGAGGAGACAACUAUGCCGAGACUAUUCAAGACGACGCAGUUCCGGAUUGAUCGGGCAAGGGAUGGGAAGGAAGAGGAUGGUGAUAUAUUAGGAACUGGCAAUUUCCCGGCGACAAAGCAGUAGUGCCUCUGUUAUGGAUAUAAGAAUGUAUGCGUUGUGCGAUGUUGCAUUUGAUGUUUGUUCAGACGAUGGCGUUAUACAUAGGUAGAAUGUAAAUCUUUCCUUUGGC